AGGUUUGUUUUCGUCGCUAAUAAAUAUCCAUAACUUCAUGUGGUCCGAGAGAAGUAGAAAGAACUAAUGGCACCUAUGAUUCUUCGUGACGAAGAGGUUCCACUCCUCACUAACGACGAUUCGUCACUCGAAUCACCCAAAAGCCACACGAGGGACGUUCAUAUCUUGAGUUUGUCCUUUCUCUUAAUCUUCCUUGCUUAUGGAGCUGCUCAGAAUUUACAGAGCACUCUCAACACAGAGCAGGAUUUGGGUACCACUUCACUUGGGAUAUUGUAUCUAUCUUUCACCAUUUUUUCUGUGUUUGCUUCUUCGGUGGUGCGGAAUCUCGGCUCCAAAAACUCUUUGAUUAUUGGCACAACUGGUUAUUUCUUUUACUUGGCUGCUAAUUUGAAGCCCAAUUGGUAUACACUUGUUCCGUCCUCUUUGUUUCUUGGAUUUUGUGCUUCUAUAAUAUGGGUUGGACAGGGAACAUAUCUCACUUCCACUGCACGCAGUCAUGCUAAAGAUAACAACUUGCAUGAAGGUGCUGUAAUUGGCAACUUCAAUGGGGAAUUUUGGGCUGUGUAUGCUCUCCACCAGUUUAUUGGGAGUCUUAUCACAUUUGCUCUACUCAGUGAUGGGAAGGAGGGAAGAACCAAUGGCAGAACUUCAUUAUUUGCCGUACUCCUUUUUGUUAUGACCUUUGGUGCAAUACUAAUAUUCUUCUUGCGCAAACGGAGCGAUAAUAAUAGUAAGGGAAAGUGUGAGCAUUCAGGAGAUGGUGGUGGUGCUGGUGAACAUUCGUCCCUCAAGUCUCUUUGUAGGUCACUCACAAGUGCAUUGUUUGAUGUAAAGAUGUUGUUGAUCAUACCCCUUAUUACAUAUUCAGGUCUACAACAAGCAUUUGUCUGGGCUGAAUUUACCAAGUAUGUUGUAACUCCUGCAAUUGGUGUUUCUGGUGUGGGUAGUAUACUGGCCGCAUACGGGGCUUUUGAUGGAAUUUGUUCUCUUGCUGCUGGUCGUCUCACCUCUGGUCUCCCGUCUAUUGCGGCAAUAGUAUCCUUUGGAGCUUGUGUCCAAUCAGUUGUAUUAAUCUUGCUUCUGCUAAAUUUCAGCAUACCUACCGGAUUGCUUGGUACUCUAUAUUUACUGUUUUUGGCUGCUUUGUUGGGCAUUGGUAAUGGAGUUCUCAUGACACAGCUCAAUGCUUUGCUUGGAAUGCUAUUUAAGCAUGACACGGAAGGUGCUUUUGCGCAGCUAAGGAUAUGGCAGAGCGCAACAAUUGCUAUUGUGUUCUUUUUGUCCCCCCACGUCUCGUUUGAGGCAUUUGUAGUGACUAUGCUGGCUCUCCUUUGCUUCUCAUACUGCAGCUUUUUAUGGUUAGCUCUCAAGGUGGGGAAGACAUCAUCACCCUCCACCUGUGAGUGAAUAUAGUGUUGCCGCAACUGCAAGCAUAUUACAUUUUUCACAUAUGCUUUGCCUUCUUGCCUGUAACACAUCCAAACAGAAGUCUAAGUGGGUAUUUGGUUUCACUUAGAAAAACCACAUCUAGACUAGAAACCACGCUGAAUCAUAAGCUACAAUAUUUAGCUUUUGAAAUAAUGUGCUUUGGAGUGUCGAGUGUGACAGAUGCACAUCCAAACGACCAAACACGCUCCAAGUCUCUCUUUUAUGGUGACAUUUCCUCACUUUAAGAGGGGUAUAGUUUGUAAGUUAUUGUAAUUUAUAAGCUUGUGGCUAUAUAAUCAGAUAUGUUCACAUUUCAUUUUUUCUUUAAUUUCAUUUCCACUUUUUUUUCUUUCUA